ACUCCUUCACAUCCUACGUACAACAAGGAUACGCGACUCAUGACCAAUCUCAAAGAGCCAAUGCAGCCUACCGUAGCGUUCGAAUAGUCUGAACGGUCCAUAAACAACGAUACCUAUUGGUUUGGUUCUUCUUCCGCGAAGUUGGUGUGUUAUUGUCCUCGUUUUAUCAUGUGACGCGUAUCCUAGCGGCCUAGCCCGGGGGCGUGCUCAUGUUCCCAUACCCAGCCCAACGGUCCGCUGUAAGACAGACAAAAUUAUUCUCAUUUUUGUUCGUACAUACUCGUAGUGAGCUGCUCAAAUCGCCUCUGCCCCUGGGGUUUUCGUUAUUCCACCAAUUUGUGCUCGCCCUCGUCGUAACGUGGAACUCGGCGCAAAUACACAACAAUCACCACCAUGGACUCAGCAUCACCGUCAAUGGACAUGUCGAUGGACGCUACCUCGGCCAUGGCCAUGCCUUCUUCGACAGGCGACCCAAUGUCCAUGCCAUCAUCCAACAUGACGAUGAGCAUGGAGUCCAUGAUCAUGGUGUUCUUCACCUCCACAAACACACCCCUUUGGUCAUCGGCUUUCACGCCCAACACGGCCGGGCAGUACGCAGGAGCAUGCAUUUUUCUUAUUGCUUUCGCAGUCGUGUUUCGUAUGUUGCUGGCAUUGCGAUUCAACUUGUUCAAGGUGGUGGCCGUCGUCAAGAAGAGGCGUAGUGGUGGUCUACUCCAGCCAGACAUCACCGAGAUCAAGGCGACGCCUCGACCUUGGAGAGCUAGCGAGGCUAUCUUAUCAGGAGCACUUGAUACAGUGAUUGCAGGAGUGAGCUAUCUGCUUAUGGUGGCGGUUAUGACGAUGAAUGUUGGCUAUUUUUUGUCGGUACUCGGUGGUGUUUUCUUGGGCAGUGUGCUCUGCAACCAUUUGACAGGCAGUCCCGGGGGCCAUUAAACCGUUGUUUUAAUUACUGCCAAGAGGAGGCGAAUGUAUAAUGAAUGAUACCCUCUUGUCGGACAACCGAUCUCAUAGACCCGCG